GCGACCUUGCAGCCGGACAUUCCACCAUGUCCGCCUCCCCCUCCUCACAAAACAAGGAGGCGCUGAAGAGCGCCGUCGGCUUCAGCCUGUUUGGCCUCGCCACUCGCUUCUGGCAACUCGGGAUUCAAAAACGACCACUCAUGCACUACCCGGCAGCGCACGCGGCAUACAUGGGCGUCUUUGGCGUGAUCGGGUACUACGUCUACCACGGCGACCAGCGCGUGCAGGAGCUCAUCCGCGAGAAGCGUGCGGAGAUUGCGGAACGGCGCGCAGCGCGAGCGCAACAGCAAGCGGACGCGGAGUUAUACCGCAUCGAGGCGCAGAGGCAGGCAUCGGAGACGGGUAUCGGGAUAUAACGCCUUCGCCGGCCGGGGAGUCGUCCGGUCUCUCUAUCACUGUCUACUUUCGUCCCUAUGUACCCUGCAAGACUUCAUAAUGCAUCUGCUCGAGUUCCAAACGAUGUGGGGAGCAUUCUUACCUGUGGCCUCCCCAGCGAAAAUCAAGCUUCCUCCGACGUGUGAUAUGUUGACCGGCGCGCAAGUUCAAGCAGACUUGUUACAGAGAGAUUGCACAUGCGAU